AUGAGACAUCCAACCCAAGAGCUUAAAAGCCGUUCGCUCCUGAUACUCAUGCCUGUUGAGUCGUCCAGAGAGUCAUAUAAACACCCAAGAUGCCUGUUGACUACAGUGGGACAUGGGACAUUGUCAGCAAUGUCAAUUUCGAUGCAUACAUGGUUGCACUUGGCAUAGAUUUUGCAACACGCAAGAUUGCCUCAAUGUUGAAGCCCCAGAAGGUGAUUAAGCAAGAUGGAGAUUGUUUCAGUAUCAGGACGCUGACAACUUUCAAGAACUACGAGAGUUCGUUCAAAAUUGGAGAGGAGUUCAAAGAGGUGACGAAAGGAAUGGACAACCGGUCUUGCCAGACCGUGGUCAGCUGGGAAAAUGAUAAGCUGGUGUGUGUUCAGAAAGGAGAAAAGAAGAACAGAGGCUGGACACACUGGAUUCAGGGAGACGAGCUUCAUUUGGAACUUACCUGUGAGGACCAAGUCUGCAAGCAAGUUUAUAAAAGGACUCUGUGAUUAAUUGUACUUAUGAUUGUUCAUGUCAGCUAAUGUCAGAUCAUUUCAGACAUCAGAGAAAUUCAUUUACAGUAUUUACAUGAAAUGUGCUGAGCCUCAUAAUGUAGCUCUGGACUACUGUCAGUGUUGGAAGAAGUACUUGAGUCCUUUACGUCUGUAAAAGUACAAAUACAUCAGUGUAUUUUACAAAGACCUUUACAAAGUAAAGAUCCUGCAUUCAAAAUCCUACUUAAGUAAAAGUAUUGACAGGUAAAUAUACUUAAUGUAUCACUGUAAAAAUAUUCGUUCUGCAAAAAAAAUAAAGACCCCUGUGAGUGAUAAA